GUUUCGUUCUUCCCCCAUUUCCCCCAAACAUUUCAUUUUUGCCGUUUUGAUUCUUUGAGUACAAUGUUAUCUAUCUUCUUUCUAUGGGGCACAGUUUGAUUACUAAUUUUAAGUGUUCUUAUUAUUUAUGUUAGAAUCUGAGAAAUAAAAAUUCUUCAAUAGGAACAUGAUGAUUCUUCUCGUAUAAUUUUUCUUCAAGGUUAAUAAAUGGCACAAAGGGGUUAAGACUUGAGAAUCUGAUUCGAUGGCCUUUAGUUUAGUUACUUUGAGUGCUUGAGUCAUUUUCCAAGGUAGCAAGGCUCUUUUAACUUUGUUUUCUCUCUCUUUUUUGUAGUUCUUAUUAAUUGUAUUUACGGACAGAGGCUUCACUUUCCAAUUCGAACGCUCUCCUAUCAGGUGGUUCAAGCAUAAUUGGGAUGGAAGUCUCUGGCCAGAAUAUAGUCAAAUGUGAUGAAGAGAAAGCAUUGAAGUGCUUGCUUGAUGCCUUUGGCUCGGUAUUUUCUCUUGAAGAAAUAGCUUCUGCCUAUUGCAAGGCAAGCCGGGAUGCAGAUUUGGCUGGGGAGAUUUUGUAUGGAAUGCAGGGAAGCUCCUCAACAUCUGCCACCCAUUUUUCUGAUGCAGAUGCCGGGACUGGAGUGUCUUCUGUAUCAUCAGAUGGAUAUUCUUUUGAAAAGUUUUGCCAAGAAAGAAAAAACACAAGGCCGAAAGGUCGGGCAGUUUCAGCAGGUGCUGUUUCAAGCAUUAUUGGCAAGGAUUAUGUUAGAUCCUUGCCAUCAGCAAAUGGGUCGUUUGGUGUGACUAAACCAGUUAAGUUGGAUGCAAACUUGCUGCCAAUGACUGGAAUCUGGCGUGAGAAAAGCAAGCCAAAUACUUUGAAACAUGAUCUUCACCAGGACAUGGAAAAUUUCUUAUUUAAAAUGCUUGGAGAUGGCUUUCAGCUUGACAGAAACAUGAUACGGGAAGUUCUUGAUACUUGUGGGUAUGAUAUGACGAAGAGCUUGGAAAAACUACUAGAUCAAUCAAUUACAGCUUUGAGCAAAAGGAAAGCUAUUGGUGAUUCGGCAGGAAAAUUUUCAGAUAUGAAAGCAAAAUCUAAAGCACCUUCAUCUGAAAAAAAGUCUCAGGAUUUAAAUUAUCCCAAAGGUGAUGGAAACAUAGUUUCAACUAAGGGAAUGGAAUUACAUAAACAACAGAAAGGGAAACAUGAUCUUCAGAAAGAAGUCUUGUCUAGUUUGUUUAAUUAUCAUGGGCAUCCUGAGAAGGCUCCUAAAAGAAUUGUAAAGGAUUUGAAGAAGAAUUCACGAUAUGGACAUGUGGUGUUUGAACCUCCCAAAGAAUACAACGAAGAAUGCAAGAUAGACAUGAACUUCUCACGGCUAGAAAAUAUUGAUGUGUCUAUGGCAGAUCCAGAGGAUGAGGAAGACUACCAGAAUGCACGUAAAGCUGUGAAGGAGUAUCGAGCGGCAAUGAAUGAAUAUUAUAAAGCAGCAGUCGAUGCAUUUACACAGGGGGAUCAAAUCAAAGCAGAAAAACUUUUAGGGCAGGGGCAAUUUUUCCUCAGCAAGGCUCACGAAGCUGAUGAAGAAUCUAGUAGAAUGAUUCUUGAAACCAGGACUACAGAAGCACAAGAAAUGGUGCUUGACUUGCGUGACCAUGGUUCAAAGGAGGCUAUACGUCUACUGAAGUGUCAUCUUUCUUCCCUUUCUGGCAUUCCAUCAUUUGAGUACCUCAAGCUUAUCAUUGGUGCAAAUGAUGAAGAUAACACUAAAGGGUCUCGCAGACGACUACGGGUAUUAAAACUAUUAGAGCAGGAAUCUAUAAAAUGGGUUGAAGGAGAAACAGCUGAUACAAUAUUGAUCCGCCUGGCUAACAUAGAGCGUAAUCGAUUGAGUUUUCUAAAAACAUAGAAUGCUGUUUUGACUGUAAUUCGAAUGUCUGAUUAGUUAAGCAAAUGAUAAGUCAUCCAAUGUACACAUUGUUCAAUUGUGAAACUUUAAAACUUGGAAUUGAGGUGUGAUUUGUGGACGUGAGUUGGUCAUUUG